AAUAUUUGUUUUGUGUAUAUUUUAAAGCAAUUGCUGUUAUACUGACAUGUCGUUAUCUAUUGAAAAACAAAUUGAAUUAUUAUUAGCUGGUCAUCCAUUAGAAAUUGGUGACACGCAUGAUAGUACCCAUGCGGUACAAGAUGAAAUAGGAGGAAAAGGAACACCUAGUACUUAUAUACCAAUUUGUCAAAAAACUGUAACAUACAUUGUUGCUGCUGUAGUGAUAAAUAAUCAAGGGGAAGUAUUAAUGAUGCAAGAAGCAAAAGCUACUUGCAGUGGAAAAUGGUAUUUACCUGCUGGUCGUGUUGAACCUAAUGAAAAUUUAUUAGAUGCUGUUAAAAGAGAAGUCUUAGAAGAAACAGGGCUUACAUUAGAUCCAGAAACAUUGAUAUUAGUAGAAUGUGCAACUGGUUCAUGGUUCCGAUUUGUAUUUACUGGCAAAAUAACUGGUGGUAAAUUAAAAACAUUAGAAGAAGCAAAUGAAGAAUCGUUACAAGCAUGCUGGGUGAAUAAUGUAAAUGAUCUGUCACUCAGAUCACAUGAUAUUAUAUCUUUGAUAGAAAGAGGUAAAACUUAUGUCACGAAUAAGAAUAUUCCACAACAUCCAUAUUUAAUGCCAAUUAGUACACCAUUGUCCAAAUUAUUGUUGCGGCUAUCAAUCACUUCGAAAAAAAGAUCAACGAAUAAAUUGCAUGUACUUGUAUCAGAUACCAUGCCAUUCCAUUUACCAAUUUGUGAAAUUAAUCCACAUCGCAACCUUCUUUCUACUUUACAUAACUUUAUGAAGGAAUUAUUUGGAAAUGGAGUUGCACAGCAUAAACCACAUGGAAUACUUUCCUUAGAAUUCAGUGGAGGGCAAGGAGGAGAUGGACUUUGUUUAACAUUAUUAGUAUCAUUCAAGUUACCUGUGGAAGAUGUACCUGCUACAGGAAAAUUCAUUUGGCAUGAGCUACCUGAAAAUCUCGCUACAAGUAUUACUUAUCGCUUACCACGAAACAUGACAGUGCCUUUAAAUGUUAUACGAUGAUCAGAUAUUCACAGUUAGUGUACAAGUGAACAUUAGAAAGUGAGGUAAAAAAUUUUUGGACUGGCACGCUCUUAAUAUUUUGACUUUAAUUAUGCAUUCAGUAACUUGCAAUUUUACAUUUUUACAUUGUCAGAACAGAAUUAUAAAAUUUCUUAGUUGAGAAAUAUAAUUGAGAACAAAAUAAUUAGUGCGCACGUACAUUCGCACAUAAUUCUAUAUAUACGCAUAUACAAACGAGGUAUACUUAUCUGAUAUUAAUAUUUAACAAUUUCUAAUUAUAUUAAAAAAUAUUUAUGUUAUAUA